AAAAAACUUAAAAUUUAAUAACAAUAUAUUAUAUACAGACAUAAAACCAUGGAAUAUGAUUGCUUAUAGUGGACAUUUCGGAUGAGUCCAUUGACUGGUUGUUAUCGGACUGCCAAAUAUGGAAAUGUAGAAAAUAAAGUACCGGGCCUGGUUGCAAUUUCUCUUCUUACCGGCAAUACUCUAAAAUCCGGUUCCUUGUAGAAAAGGGAAAAUUCUCGAACUUAUAGGAGGGUAUAACCUAAUUUGUAAGAGAGUGUAGGCACAAAUCCGUAGUACAAAGAAAAGCGCGAACACUUUUCCGUUACGUGAGUGGUGGGCGGGGCGUUUUUUAUUUUUUAUUUGUCAAGUUCUUAUAAAUGAAGAUGUGAUAUGAACUCGUUUCAUUCACUCGAGGAAAGUUAAGCCACAACGUUUCAAGAUUUAGAGCGUUCUAAACAGCUGUAAUAAAAACCAUUGCUUCACGACUAAAGUUACCUAAAUCGACAUAAUUCAACAAAAUGACUUCCACGGAGAUUCCAAUAUCUGAAACAGAACAGCAGCACCUCGGCAUGGACGAUGUGAGAAUGGGGUCAGAGCUAGCGAUGUUUCCACCGCCAAAGGGCCACUCGGUACAGCCUAAAUACCUGCCACAACAUCAUGGCGUACCAUCUAAAGCCCCGCCCGCUUACUUGCAAGCAACCAAUCACAUCCAAGCUCAGCCACAACCACAAACUAUAGUGGCUCGUACUGCUCCUCGAUCCACGAAUGCAUUUUCGGGAGCGCCCAGACAGCAAGUACCGGACUAUUCCCGCCUGGCUUGGAUAGUCACUUUAUGCUGUUGUAUACCCUUUGGUCUUGUCGCUGUCUUCAUGGCAUCAAGGGCCAAGGACAAACAAAUGUAUGGCGAUGACGAUGGCGCCCGUUCUACCUCCCAGUGUGCGUUGGGCUGGGCAGUAGCUGGAAUAGUGUGCGGUAUCGUCUUAUCCAUAUUGUUGGGCAUAUAUUAUUUUUCAGGUCUAGGGGUAUAACAGUAAUUUAUCAUUGAAGCUGUGAGAAAGAUGAACUUGUGAUGGUUUGGACCAGGCAUUCGAACCGUGGACCUGCAUGUCGGACAAUAAUGGUGUUAAAUGAAUAGAAUCUACGGACAUGUUUGUCUUGUAGCGAUAGAAUGAGGCCAUUGCCAGGGAUGUAGCUAUACGGGAGCACGGAGGCACGUGCCCAUCCUGUCGAUUUUAAAAUGGCGAAAAAAGAAAAAUAACUAGAGUCUAGGGGUAUAACAGUAAUUUGUCAUUGAAGUUGUGAGAAAGAUGAACUUGUGAUGGUUUGGCCUGGGGAUUCGAACCGUGAACCUGCAUGUCGGACAAUAAUGGUGUUAAAUGAAUAGAAUCUACGGACAUGUUUGUCUUGGAGCGAUAGAAUGCGGUCAUAACCUGGGAUGUAGCUAUACGGGAGCACGGAGGCACGUGCCCAUCCUGUCGAUUUUAAAAUGGCGGGGAAAAAAUAACUAGAGAGAGAACUGGAGAGAGGAAACAUGACGUGACAAGAAGAUGAGAGGAGUCAAUUCAACACCUCCGCGUCUAAUGGCGGUCGUCUUGUUGAUUUGCAUUGUUCCAGUAACCUCGUGAGUCCGAAGGCCCCCAUCCAUCAUGCCAAUGCCCCCCCCCCACACACACACAUAAUUAUCUUUACCUGAGCUACCGUGCUACGCCUCUUUUAAUAACGACAAAGGUGUAAUGACAAAGGUGUAAUGUUUGGUUUUAAACUACAAUAAAUGUAUUGUAUGCAAUAUGUUUCGAGAAAAAGAAACUAGCAGAAUAAUACUUUCAACUUAUUUAUAUAUUUACCUGAACAAUGAAACUUGAGCUGGUCUAACAAUGAUAACAACAAUUGUAUAUCGACAUUAAUAUGUUUCAAUCGUCAAUACAGGGAUACACAUUUGAAUAUAGUAAACCAGAUUUUCCAAAAAGAAAACAUCAAUCUUUGUAUUUCGUAUCCUUACUCUUUUACUGGAGGAGCAAAAUGGAGUACCUCCAUAAAUUGUUCAUUUCGAUUCCGGCAAAGGUGCGUGAACACUCCGGUUACUUUCGCGUAUAUCAUUCCUUACAUAAUACUGUUUAUACCCUAGAUAUCACAUAUUUUAUAAUGCUGGAAAGUAUUUAGAUCAAACAAAAUAUUGAAUUAUCUCUUCGAUUUGACAAUGGUUGUAGUUUAUUUAUGAUGUAUGUUUAUAUCAAUAUGACAAUUUUUGUACACUGUAUAUGUUUUUUUACAAUAAAGAGAAUUUUUAAAAUCAGGUCACGGUGGAUAUGAAAGUGUCUUGUUUAAAAUCAUCGCAGUCAAUGAUUUAAGUUGAG